AUGUGGCGCGUCGCAGGCCCGUCCGAGUACCUUGCCAUAACUGGAGGAUCCAUCAAGGACGUCAAGCUCGCGAAGAAGGCAUGGAUAUGGCCGACCCAAAAGUGCGUCAAGUUCCAUGUUUCGCCGGUCAACUACACCUUUGAGGUGCUCCCCUUCUUCUUCUCCGUUGUCUUCACUAUCGGCCCCUGUGUUACCGACCACGAGAGCCUCCUCCUCUAUGCCAAGCUCAUUGCCUCUCACAUCAAGCCCUCAGUCCACGUCAACAACCUUAUCCAGCAUCUCAUCAAAGGCCAGAUGCUCACCGCCUCCAUGACCACGGAGAAGGUCUUGGAGAAGGUCUUAGAGAAGCUCCAGUUGAAGCUCAAGCAGUUUGGGCUCGUGAUCUACAAAGUCAACCGGUUAGAUGCCUCCCAGACCAAGAUGAAGGGUAAAGUCGGUGCUGGACAGACCAAAGAAAAAGCUGUGAAAUUCGAUUUAGAGACCAAGGACAAGAUGAAGGGUAAAGUCGGUGCUGGACAGACCCAAAAAAAGGCUGUGAGAUUCGAUUUGGAGAUGAAGGGUAAAGUCGGUGCUGGACAGACCAAAGAAAAAGCGGUGAAAUUCGAUCUAGAGACCAAGGACAAGAUGAUGAAGGGUAAAGUCGGUGCUGGACAGACCAAACAAAAUGCUGCGAAAACCGAUUUAGAGACCAAGAUUAUAGCAACGGAAAGGCUUAAGAUGGAGAUAAAGGUCACGUGGACAGUGAAGAUCUUCAAGAACCAAGACGCAUGGUCCCAGUCUUAUGAACUAGCCAAGGUGCAAGAGGCAUAUGCACGCCGGCAAGAGGAUGAGGGUAUCCAGGCGCUAGCACAGGCACAGGGCAUGUACUUGGCGGCGCAUCUGAAGCAAUCCGGCCUCUUUUAUGGCGCAAUUAGGGACUACCAGAUGAUCAACUCGGGGAUGUUCCCAUGGGUGGCCAAUCAACGCAGAAGCUUUCUCACAAUCUUUUGCAUUCUUCCAAUACUUUGUACUCUAUCGUUCAUUUAUAUUAUAUUCAAUCAUGUUGCUUAUAUUUGACAUUG